CGAACUGGAAGCUGCGAAUAAGCCACUUCAGCGUCUUUGAACGGAAACACAUUACAUAAUCUUGUCAUGAUAUAAGAACCUACACACACGCGGGGAAGUCAAGCAAAGCUGCGCGUAAGCACAACUACACCUGGCGUUCAUACAAAUAGGACGCAUACUCCGAGCUUCAGCGAACUACAGAUGUAUGGAUCGCUUUGAGAUUGGCUACUGCUGUUCACAUGCUGGAGAGAACGUUUACUAGGAACGUGAGAUUGUAUUGUAUUCUGUGAAUGAACGGCCUUCUCUGUGCUUGCUACGUCUAUUUAUAAUUUUGUCCAACAUAUCACCAUUGAGCUACUAUCAUCUUAGGCGAUAUGCUUCUAUGUAAUCUCGACUCAAACCAUCAUUAAACCGCUAACGUCAUCUUCAGUGCUUGACUGGCUGCAGAAAACUAAAGAACAUCAAUCCGUCAGUUGUGAAUGCCUAAAAGAACUAUAGUAGCUCAGUCAUCCAGCGCAUAAAUAAGCAAUCAACAUCCAGCACAAGAAUCGAUGCCGAGGGUGGUUCUAUUGCUACUCCUCAAAAGAGGCGUUUAAACCAGGAGACAUCUGGUUUUGGAGGUGGGCUGUAAUACAAUAAGAAGCGCGCGCUGGAGUUAUGAAGGCUAAACGGGUAAUUGGCGCUGUUCGUCCAGCACCACCGCCACAGUCACCUUGCACUGAAUGACACCAAGAUAGACGGGGCGUCAGACUUCUUGACUCAUUUCCAGUGGAACCUUAAUAUGCUUUUAGUGUGAGUUCAAUCGUUCUGAUGUAAUUCUGUUGUCCUUUUUUUGUGGAUCGACGGGGAGAGAGUGAGGAUUACGCGUUUAAAUUGCACGCAGGACGCGAACACGACCGGCACCAGCAGUAGAUUCUUGUACUUUUUAUACAACAAAAUAAAUGUGUAUUUUCCACUAAUUCAUUUUGUGAACUUUUUAUUCCAUCGAUUUUGUUUAACCCAUGAAUCCAUGCGUGACACUCGUAUCAACAGUGUUGCUUGUAGCUUUUCGAACCCGUAGUGAUGCCCGGAGCCGGUAGAAGAUAUGCCUAGGGCGACGCGAUGGGCCAAGGCGACGAAAAGGAUCGCAUAGUGAUCAACGUAGGAGGGAUAAAGCAUCAGACCUACCGCGGUACUCUGCGCACCUUGCCUGGCACUCGGCUUGCCUGGCUUGCCGAGCCUGAUGCCCCGAACAACUUCGACUAUGAUGCCAAGAUCGGGGAGUUCUUCUUCGAUCGCCACCCGGGCGUCUUUGCACACAUCCUCAAUUACUACCGGACGGGAAAACUGCACUGUCCAGCGGAUGUGUGCGGGCCAUUAUACGAGGAGGAACUAGCGUUCUGGGGCAUUGAUGAGACUGACGUAGAACCAUGUUGUUGGAUGACAUACCGACAACAUCGGGAAGCCGAAGAGGCUCUAGUUAGCUUCGGAGGGGGAGCUCUUGAUAUUGGUCAUGAGGAACCAGAGGCCGACGGUAUUACAGAAGCGGCAGAAGGGGAUGAGGGGGUUGAAAUGACUCGGAGACUGGCGCAAGGGGACUCGCCCGAUAACAGAUCCGGGCGCUGGAACCGCUGGCAGAAGAAGAUAUGGGCGCUCUUUGAGGAUCCGUAUUCCUCGAAAUACGCGCGGUGGAUAGCAUUUGCGUCUCUGUUCUUCAUCCUGGUGUCCAUCACAACUUUCUGUCUGGAGACUCAUGAGGCCUUCAACCCCAUAAUCAACCGCACAGAGAUUGAAGUGGUGGACAAUGUGACCGUGGAGCACAUUUACCCUGAGACAGAGACCAUGGUGCAGCUCAUGUACAUCGAGGGCAUCUGUGUCAUAUGGUUCACCUUUGAGUUCCUCAUACGAGUCACAUUCUGUCCUGACAAACUCAAAUUCAUAAAAAAUGCCCUCAACAUCAUUGACUUUGUGGCCAUCCUACCCUUCUACCUGGAAGUGGGACUGAGUGGCCUCUCCUCCAAGGCAGCAAAAGACGUGCUGGGCUUCCUGCGCGUGGUGCGCUUUGUCCGGAUUCUGCGCAUCUUCAAGUUGACACGCCACUUUGUGGGUCUGCGGGUGCUUGGGCACACGCUCCGUGCCAGCACCAAUGAGUUCAUCCUCCUCAUCAUCUUCCUCGCACUCGGGGUCCUCAUCUUUGCCACCAUGAUUUACUAUGCCGAACGUAUUGGAGCCAACCCCAAUGAUCCUCGCGCUAGUGAACACACACAUUUUAAGAACAUCCCUAUUGGCUUCUGGUGGGCUGUGGUUACGAUGACAACACUUGGAUAUGGUGACAUGUAUCCUCAGACGACCUCAGGCAUGUUGGUGGGUGCUCUUUGCGCUCUGGCUGGUGUAUUGACCAUCGCCAUGCCUGUGCCUGUCAUUGUCAACAACUUUGGCAUGUAUUACUCCCUGGCAAUGGCAAAACAAAAACUACCAAAGAAAAAGAGCAAGCACAUCCCUCGGGCACCCCAGCUGGGAUCCCCCAACUACUGUAAGUCGGCCAUUAAUUCUCCAAGACCCAGUACACGCAGUGAUUCCUGCCCGCUGGCCCAGGAAGAAGUCUCUGAGAUUAGAUAUCAAGAUUUUAAAGUUAAUGGAGAGGCAUCUAAAGCAGCCUUGGCUAAUGAGGACUGUCCCCACAUUGACCAGGCAGUGUCACCCGAGGAAGUGUUCAGCCCUGUGGACCGUGAGAGACCCUGCUUCCUGCUCACCUCUGGAGAACGGGGUAAUCACAUAGGGGCACGAGUCAGGAAGGGUUAUGAAAAGCCAUGGAGCCAUAGCAGCAUGUCUGGAGGUGUGGCCUCAGUGUCGGCCCUCCCCUGCAGCCCGCCCUGUCUCAUGCAACAGGCCCACUCCCCCAUCCCAUCCAUCCUGUAGCAUGGACAACCAAACUAACCAAUCAGAGGCCCCGCUCUGCAGUGCUGCGCUGAGACACCUGCCCACACUGUGUACCAUUCGUCUCUCAUCAGUCUUUCUAUGAGCUCUACACUCUCUCUCUGUCUCUCUAUGUUUGUCUCUUCCUCUCUGUCUGUCUGUCUGUCAGUCUCUCUAUCUCCAAUCUUAUCCUAAUUGUCCUAACUCUGGUUUUCUCCUAGAUUUGAUUCUGUUCUCUUGCCUGCCUACUCAUGUCAUGUUGUCAUGUUAUGUUCCAUACUUUUGUCCUGCUUGUUUUCUUGUGCUUCUCCCUUUAUCCAUUGUUUCUCUUCUUUCGUCUUUCUUCCCAUUCAUGUAUUUUCUUGUCUCCUCUUUUGAAACCCCUACAUUAUCAUGCUCAUUUCUCUUUCACCUUUCCCUCUUUCCCCUUCGGUGUUUCUAAAGCUGUGGUUUUCAUCAGGUGCUAUUGGUCACCUUUUUUAAAAAAAAAAGAAAAAAAAAAGAAAAUGGCUGUUUCAUAUGAUUUUACAUUCUGAAAGUAAUCAUGUAAUAAAAAAUAUCUUAAAAGGACACUAACCAAUCAUAAUUCUAUGAUGCACAUGUCACCAACAUAAAACUAUAACUGAAGGAACCUCAUUUGCAUUUGCAUGCCUUGCAUGGGAAACUGAAAAAAAAUGUAAGUCUAAUGAAAAUGAUCUUGUUUUACAUUCAAACCUUCUUUACAAGUAUACAAUGCAGUCAAAGUAUAUCAUUAAAGAUGAUAUAAAGUACAUGUAGCAGUGAAGACAUUUUCUUUGCUGACACUUUUUGCCUUUCCCCAAACCAUGACCUUGUGUGUGUUUGAGCACACAACAUUUCUAAUAGUAGCAGUGGUCAAUUCGACCAUCCAACUUUUCUUCUGGAAAAAGAUUAAAAUGCAAAUAGUGAAAUAAUGCACUUUAACUUUGAUAAUGACCAUCUAUCUAUUAUUCUACUUUAUUCAGGCUUAGGAAAUAAGAGUAUUGCUUUUGAGUAAAGUUCAGCAUUUAUUUUUCAUAAAUUGUUUCACGCCGUGAUAAUUGGAGUAACUAACGUAUGUUGUUCUCUGUAGCAAAUUAAUUGUAAGUGUACUACAUAAGAAUAUGUGCAGUUAACAAAAAAUAUGUAUGUACUUUUUGAAGUUACUUGGGGAAAGGUAAAUGCAUGCACUUUUAUGCAAAAAAAAAGAGGUACAGUAUGCGAAUGACACUGUAAAAAAACACUUGCAUGAAAUAAAUUUUGUAUUGAA